CGAGUUUUGUCGAAUAAGGAUCGCGACCGUCUUCCAAGUUGAGGCGGAUUUAAGGCACCUGAAACGUUACGUCACCAGUCGAUCGAAAGUGUUUCAAUUAAUAAGAACAGUUUUACAGAACUUUCAGUAUUCAUUCUUAAGUGCGAGCUAGGAGUAUAUUUACUGAAUCUCGUUCCUUUAUUAAACUGAACAAAGUGUCCUUGAACGAGUUUGGCGAAGUGAUUGCUACGCAGUGAAGGCGUCAAAGGGCUGGGCAAAAUUUCAUCCCCGUAGUACCGGAGGAAAAACUCCAAAUUCUCUAGUGAUUCCGUUUCGAGGUUCGGUCCACAUUGGUCGACUCCCAUUAGUAGUUUGGCUUCUCGCUCCCCGAUACUUUUUUUUCUCCCCUCAUCCGUCUAAGUCGCCGCCGUUGCCGCAACCAAUCUCAAGAUGCCGAAGGCCGUAGACACCAGCGGUGAUCCCGAUCCAAGCGAAUGGCUGUACAUUUCGGCCGAAAUGAAGGCCGCCGAUAUGGCCAAACCCUACGACGGCAAGAAGGAUUGCUGGGUUCCGGACGAUAAGGAGCUGUACGUGCGGGGCGAGAUUAAGGCGACCAAGGGCGAGCUGGUCACCGUUGCCCUGCCAGGCGGAGAGACCAAGGACUUCAAGAAAGAUUUGGUCGGCCAGGUCAAUCCACCCAAGUACGAAAAAUGCGAGGACAUGUCCAACUUGACGUACCUGAACGAUGCCUCCGUGUUGAACAACUUGCGCGAACGUUACGUCGCCAAGCUCAUCUAUACAUACUCCGGUCUCUUCUGUAUUGUAAUCAAUCCGUACAAGCGUUGGCCACUGUAUACGAUGCGUGUGGCCAAGAUGUACCGUGGUAAGCGACGUUCGGAAGUUCCGCCGCAUCUGUUCGCCAUCUCUGACGGUGCCUACGUGAACAUGCUGACGGACAAGGAGAACCAGUCUAUGUUGAUUACCGGUGAAUCUGGUGCCGGAAAGACCGAGAACACCAAGAAGGUCAUUGCGUACUUCGCCACCAUCGGUGCGGGCAAGAAGAGCGCUGACGACGAGAAGAAGGGCUCCCUGGAAGAUCAGGUCGUCCAGACCAACCCCGUACUGGAGGCUUUCGGUAACGCCAAGACAACCCGUAACGAUAACUCGUCCCGUUUCGGUAAGUUCAUCCGUAUUCACUUCACCCCCGCUGGUAAACUGGCUGGUGCCGAUAUUGAGACCUAUCUACUGGAGAAAGCCCGUGUCAUCUCUCAGCAGGCUCUGGAACGAUCCUAUCACGUUUUCUAUCAGCUUAUGUCCGGUUCUGUCAAAGGCGUAAAAGAAAUGUGCUUCCUGUCGAACGAUAUCUACGACUACUACAACGUAUCCCAGGGUAAAAUUACCGUACCAAAUCUCGAUGACGGUGAAGAGUUUAGGCUGACCGAUAUUGCUUUUGACAUCCUUGGCUUCACGGAGGAAGAGAAACACAACGUCUACAAGAUUACCGCAGCCGUAAUGCACAUGGGUGGUAUGAAGUUCAAGCAGAAGGGUCGCGAAGAACAGGCUGAAGCCGAUGGUAUCGAAUCGGGUGAAAAGGUUGCUAAGUUGCUGGGUAUUGAGUGUGAACUGCUGUACAAAAAUAUGUUGAACCCACGUAUUAAAGUCGGUGCCGAAUUCGUCACCAAGGGUCAGAACGUGGCGCAGGUCACAAACUCCGUUGGUGCUCUCUGUAAGGGUAUUUUCGAUCGUGUCUUCAAAUGGCUGGUCAAGAAGUGUAACGAAACUCUGGAUACCAAGCAGAAGCGUGCCCAGUUCAUCGGUGUACUGGAUAUUGCAGGUUUCGAAAUUUUUGAAUACAACGGUUUCGAACAGCUUUGUAUCAAUUUCACAAAUGAGAAGUUGCAGCAGUUCUUCAAUCAUCACAUGUUUGUACUUGAGCAGGAAGAAUACAAGAAGGAAGGUAUUAACUGGGCCUUCAUCGAUUUCGGUAUGGAUUUGCUGGCUUGUAUCGAUUUGAUUGAAAAGCCCAUGGGUAUUCUCUCGAUUCUUGAGGAAGAAUCUAUGUUCCCGAAAGCUACCGAUCAGACCUUUGCUGAAAAGUUGAACACCAACCACUUGGGCAAGUCCGCUCCGUUCCAGAAGCCCAAACCUCCAAAGCCAGGUCAACAAGCAGCUCACUUUGCCAUUGGCCAUUACGCCGGUGUUGUAGCAUAUAACAUCACCGGUUGGCUCGAGAAGAACAAGGAUCCCCUUAACGAUACUGUCGUCGAUCAGUUCAAGAAGGGCAACAAUGCUCUGCUGGUGGAGAUCUUCGCCGAUCAUCCAGGCCAGUCCGCCGAUCCUGCUGCCGCCAAGGGUGGUCGUGGUAAGAAGGGUGGUGGUUUCGCUACUGUCUCUUCAGCCUACAAGGAACAGCUUAACGGUUUGAUGAUCACCCUAUGUUCAACCUCACCUCACUUCGUCCGUUGUAUCAUUCCCAAUGAAAUGAAACAAAACGGUCUGGUUGAUGCCCACUUGGUUAUGCACCAGCUGACCUGUAACGGUGUACUUGAAGGUAUCCGUAUUUGCCGAAAAGGUUUCCCCAAUAAGAUGAACUAUCCUGACUUCAAGCAACGUUACAUGAUCUUGGCUCCAAAUAUUUUGAAGGAUGAAUCUCUAACCGGCAAGGAUGCUGUUGAUCAGUGUCUUGCUCACAUUGGUCUGGAUCCUGAGUCCUUCCGUACUGGUAUUACUAAGAUCUUCUUCCGAGCUGGUGUCCUGGGUCAGAUGGAAGAUUUCCGUGAUGAACGUUUGGCUGCCGUUAUGUCUGCUUUGCAAGCCUGGAUGCGUGGCUACCUGUCUCGCGUGGAGUUCAAGAAACAACAGGAACAACGCGUCGCUCUUGAAAUCGUCCAACGUAAUCUCCGCCGAUACCUGAAGUUGCGAACCUGGCCCUGGUUCAAACUGUGGACCAAAGUCAGGCCUCUGCUCAACGUAUCUCGUGUCGAGGAUCAAAUUGCGAAAUUGGAAGAAAAGGCAACGCUUGCACAGGAGGCCUUCGAGCGGGAAGAGAGGCUUCGUCGUGACUUGGAGGCAAUGAACAGCAAACUUCUAGCGGAAAAGAGUGCCCUUCUUGAUUCUCUGUCCGGUGAAAAGAGUGCCCUUCAAGAAUACCAGGAGAAAGCAGCCAAGCUAACUGCCCAGAAGAACGAUCUUGAGAACCAAUUGCGUGACACUCAGGAGCGCUUGGCACAGGAGGAAGAUGCCCGAAACCAGCUGUUCCAGACCAAAAAGAAGUUGGAGCAGGAAAUCGCCGGCCAGAAGAAGGAUGCCGAAGACCUCGAGCUGCAAAUUCAGAAGAUUGAACAGGAUAAGGCAUCGAAAGACCAUCAAAUCCGCAACCUGAACGAUGAAAUCGCUCACCAGGAUGAGUUGAUCAACAAGCUAAACAAAGAAAAGAAGAUGCAGGGUGAAAUUAAUCAGAAAACCGCCGAAGAGCUGCAAGCGGCUGAGGAUAAGGUGAAUCACUUGAACAAAGUGAAAGCCAAGCUUGAACAAACGCUUGAUGAACUGGAAGACUCGCUGGAGCGAGAAAAGAAAAUGCGAGCUGACGUUGAAAAAGCUCGUCGUAAGGUUGAAGGUGACCUGAAACUAACUCAGGAAGCCGUCAAUGACUUAGAGCGAGGCAAACGAGAGCUGGAUCAAACAAUUCUACGAAAGGAUAAGGAGAUCUCCUCUCUAUCCGCCAAGCUCGAGGACGAGCAAAACUUAGUGGGUAAACUUCAAAAGCAAAUCAAGGAACUGCAGGGUCGCAUUGAGGAGCUGGAAGAAGAAGUUGAAGCUGAGCGUCAAGCUCGUGCCAAGGCUGAGAAGCAGCGUGCCGAUUUGGCUCGUGAACUGGAAGAGUUGGGUGAACGUCUUGAGGAAGCCGGUGGUGCAACUUCCGCCCAGAUUGAGCUGAACAAGAAGCGUGAAGCUGAACUAGCUAAAUUGCGUCGGGAUCUUGAGGAAGCCAACAUCCAGCAUGAGGGUACUCUGGCGAACUUGCGUAAGAAGCACAACGAUGCCGUUGCUGAAAUGGCUGAACAAGUCGAUCAACUGAACAAACUUAAGACUAAGGCUGAACAUGAUCGCGCAAACAUGUACAACGAACUGAACAACACUCGCUCUGCUUGUGAUACUCUGUCUCGUGAAAAGGGUGCUCAAGAGAAGAUUGCCAAGCAAUUAUCUCACACACUCAACGAAGUUCAGAGCAAGCUGGAUGAAACGAACAGGACAUUGAACGACUUCGAUGCCGCCAAGAAGAAGCUUUCGAUUGAAAACUCUGACCUGCUCCGCCAACUUGAGGAUGCUGAAUCUCAGGUGUCACAGCUCAGCAAGAUCAAGAUCUCGCUUUCUCAACAAUUGGAAGAUACCAAACGGUUGGCUGACGAGGAAGCUCGGGAACGCGCUACGCUACUUGGUAAAUUCCGCAACCUUGAACACGAUCUCGACAACCUUCGUGAACAAGUGGAGGAAGAAUCGGAAGGCAAGGGAGACAUCCAGCGGCAGCUCAGCAAAUCCAACGCCGAAGCUCAACUGUGGCGAAGCAAGUUCGAAUCCGAGGGUGUUGCUCGCGCUGAAGAGCUUGAAGAGUCCAAGAGGAAACUACAAGCUCGCCUUGCUGAAGCCGAGGAGACCAUCGAAUCGCUCAACCAGAAAACAAUUGCUUUGGAGAAGACCAAACAGCGCUUGUCCACUGAAGUCGAGGAUCUGCAACUGGAAGUUGAUCGUGCAAGCUCGAUUGCCAACUCUGCUGAGAAGAAACAGAAGGCCUUUGACAAGAUCAUCGGAGAAUGGAAGCUCAAAGUCGACGACUUGGCCGCCGAGCUGGAUGCUUCCCAGAAGGAAUGCCGUAACUAUUCCACGGAGUUGUUCCGUCUCAAGGGUGCAUACGAAGAAGGCCAAGAACAGCUUGAGGCUGUACGUCGUGAGAACAAGAACUUGGCUGAUGAAGUCAAGGAUCUGCUCGACCAGAUCGGUGAGGGUGGCCGCAACAUCCACGAAAUCGAGAAGUCUCGCAAGCGCCUGGAAGCCGAGAAGGAUGAAUUGCAAGCUGCACUUGAGGAAGCUGAGGCAGCUUUGGAACAGGAGGAGAACAAAGUUUUGCGUGCACAGCUCGAGUUAUCUCAAGUCCGCCAAGAAAUCGACAGACGCAUUCAGGAGAAGGAGGAAGAAUUCGAAAACACUCGAAAGAACCACCAGCGUGCUCUGGAUUCCAUGCAAGCUUCCCUCGAAGCCGAAGCCAAGGGUAAAGCUGAGGCCCUGCGCAUGAAGAAGAAGUUGGAAGCCGACAUCAACGAACUUGAGAUCGCUUUGGAUCACGCCAAUAAGGCCAACGCAGAAGCGCAGAAGAAUAUCAAACGUUACCAGCAACAGCUGAAGGAUAUUCAGAGCGCGUUGGAGGAAGAGCAACGCUGCCGUGACGAAGCUCGUGAACAGCUGGGAAUCUCGGAACGACGUGCUAAUGCUUUGCAGAAUGAACUGGAAGAGUCACGAACGCUCCUAGAGCAAGCUGAUCGUGGCCGUCGUCAAGCUGAACAGGAACUCAGCGAUGCCCAUGAGCAGCUGAAUGAAGUGUCAGCAAACAACGCUACCAUCUCAGCAGCGAAGAGGAAAUUGGAGUCUGAGCUUCAAACCUUGCAUUCCGACUUAGAUGAGCUACUUAACGAAGCCAAGAACUCGGAAGAGAAAGCCAAAAAGGCCAUGGUUGACGCUGCGCGUCUGGCUGAUGAGCUCCGAGCUGAACAGGAUCAUGCUCAGACUCAAGAGAAAUUGCGCAAGGCUCUUGAACAACAAAUCAAGGAACUGCAAGUACGCUUGGAAGAUGCCGAAACUAACGCUCUGAAGGGUGGUAAGAAGGCUAUCCAGAAACUGGAACAGCGCAUCCGAGAACUGGAAUCCGAGCUUGACAACGAACAGAGACGACAUGCCGAUGCCCAGAAGAAUCUACGCAAGUCCGAACGUCGCAUUAAGGAACUCACCUUCCAGUCUGAGGAAGAUCGUAAGAACCACGAACGCAUGCAGGAUCUGGUCGAUAAGCUGCAGCAGAAGAUCAAGACUUACAAGAGGCAGAUUGAGGAAGCUGAGGAAAUCGCCGCUCUGAAUCUGGCCAAAUUCCGAAAAGCUCAGCAAGAACUGGAAGAAGCUGAAGAGCGGGCCGAUAUAGCCGAACAGGCUGCCACGAAAUUCCGCACCAAGGGAGGACGCGCAGGUUCGCAGCAGCGCGGUGGCAGUCCUGCAGUUAGUACAGCCUAAAGAUUCCUUCAUGUGUAUCCGCUUUUAUAAUUCACCCACAUAAACGAAACGCGAGAUUUGCUAAUUGGACUGCUGUUAGACAACUAACAGAAGCUUUGCUUUAUCCAUAAGCCGCUGUGGCUUAACGAAAAACAAAUCACAUCUUAAUAUAGUUAACGAUGAUACAUUUCCCCGUCACAAUUAAAGUAGAAUACGAUGCAUCUCCCUUAUGGAAAAUGCGAUUUAAAAUCAUUUCAGUACUACUUUUUUCGGAGAAAUAUUACUAUUUAUUAGAAUUAAUACCCAUAAAAUAAUGGUUGAUGUUUACAAAUAUUGCAAAAAUACAUUGGUAUAUAAAACAGAAAAA